AUGUCAGAAUUUUCUUUCCAACCAAAGACGUCCAAGAAAAUCAAAAUCUCUAGUCUUCUUCUCGCUGACUUGUUCAAUCUUUGUUUCUGCAUUUUGUCGCACCCUCUUUACUUCUCCUACUUCAUAUUUUUCUCACCCUACCUCCUCAAGCUCCUUUCUUUUCUGUCUCCUCUUUUCAUCACCACAGCUCUUCUUGUGGUUGCUUAUCUAACGGUCCAACACGACGUUGCUGAUUCCAAAUCGUCGAAAGUCAAAUUGGGUUGUCUUGUCACUGCGUACCAAACUGUUUUGGAAGGUUUGCACAAGUUUAGAGUUGAUGAUAGUGAUGGCGGUGAUCGUGAUCAUGAUCAUGAAGAAUUCCGGUCUUCCGUGGAGCUCGAAGCGUAUAGAAUUGUGUUUGACACGUCCACGUUCGAAAUCAACGAGACCCCAGCUGAGAAAAAUUGCUCACAACUCUUUGAAGCACAAGUUGAAGAUGUGUCUAGUCAUGAAGCUAAUUGUGCUUCUGAUGUUUCUGAUGCUGCAAGUGAUGUUUUCGACGACAAGUUCGAAAUCCCAGCUGAGGCAUUCGUAGAAGAAGAAGAAGAGAAUUGGCCAGAAAACUUGUGCAAAAAGGAAGAGGAAGAAGUGAUCAAGCCACCACCAAGCACAGAGUCCAAGAAAGUUGAAGAACAAGAAGGAAAAGAAAAAAGGUUUAUGAGAAGAGGAGAAUCCAAGGAUUAUUUGGGUGAUGGAGGUGAGUUAAAUUCCAAAUUAUCCAGGGUAAAUUCCCAAACCCUUGGAGCAAAUCUUUGGGAAUCCAGGUUAAAUCCCCAAACCCUUGGAGCAAAUGUUGGAGAAUGUUACUACAACAUGAGUCCAAAUCUUGGAAGUUUUGGAUCAAUGAGGAAAGAGAAAGAGUGGAGAAGGACACUGGCAUGCAAGCUUUUUGAGGAGAGGCAUCAAAAUGUGGAUGGAGGAGGAGGAGGAGGAGGAGAAGGGAUGGACAUGCUUUGGGAGACAUAUGAUGAGACAGAAUCAUUAAAAGUGGUGAAAGGUAAAAAAAGCAAGUCAAAGAAGGGGAAAGAUGGGAAAGCUGAAAGCAACGAGGGUGAAGAGGAAGAGUUUGAUGGGCAAUUGUGUUGCUUGCAGGCAUUGAAAUUCUCAGCUGGGAAGAUGAAUUUGGGGAUGGGAAGGCCUAAUCUUGUCAAGUUUUCCAAGGCACUAAAAGGGUUUGGAUGGUUACACCAUGUCACCAAGCAUGGCAAGAAGGGGCACCAUUGA